CCAUGGACGGGAACCUGACGCACCUGGCGGAGCGCAGCCUGGCGCACCAGGCGCUCCUGGGGAGCCAGGCGCUCCUGGGGAACGGGUCCGGCUCCCCGGACCCGGGGGACCCGGGGGACCCGGGCUCGGACCCGGGGGACCUGGAGGUGAACACGGACCUGUACUCCAAGCUGGCCGUGACCGUGAUCUACGCCGCGCUGUUCUGCGUGGGCUGCGUGGGGAACUCCGUGACGCUGUACACGCUGCUGAGCCCUGCAGCACCUGCAGACGCCCCGUCCACUACCCACCUGGCCAGCCAGGCUGCGUCCGACCUGCUCAUCCUGGUGCUGCCAUGCCGGUGGAGGCUGUACAACUUCAUCUGGGUGCACCACCCGUGGGUGUUCGGGGACGCCGCCUGCCGCGGCUACUACUUCCUGCGGGACGGCUGCGCCUACGCCACGGCGCUCAACAUCGGCAGCCUGAGCGCGGAGCGCUACCUGGCCAUCUGCCACCCGUUCAAGGCCAAGAGCGUGACGUCGCGCAGCCGCACCAAGAGGCUGAUCGGAGCCCUCUGGCUCGGGUCCUUCCUGCUGGCCACGCCCAUGCUGUUCGUCAUGGGGCAGGUGACGCGCAACGGGGACGCCAUCUGCACCGCCACCGUCACCCCGCUCACCCUGAAGACCGUGCUGCAGGUGAACGCCCUCCUGUCCUUCGUGGUUCCCAUGGUAGCCAUCUCCGUGCUCAACGGGGUCAUCGCCAACCAGCUGCUAAGGAUGUUCCGCGAGGCCGAGCAGGACCGCCGCCCCUGCGCGGCCGGGGCGGGAAACCCCUCCAUGUUCAACACCAGCGUGGAGUCCAACCGGGCCCAGUCGCUCCGCCACGGGGUUCUGGUCCUGCGAGCAGUCGUCAUCGCCUUCGUGGUCUGCUGGCUGCCCUACCACGCCCGCCGCCUCAUGUUCUGCUACGUCACCGACUGGUCCGAGGGUCUGUUUGAUUUCUACCACUACUUCUACAUGUUGACCAACGUGCUGUUCUACGUGAGCUCGGCCAUCAACCCCGUCCUCUACAACCUGGUGUCGGCGUCGUACCGGCAGGUCUUCUUCUCCACGCUGCGCUGCCUCCUCCUGCCCUGCCCGUCGCCGCGGCAACGCCCGCCGCCGCUCACCCGCCACUCCAUCAGCAUCUCCAGCAACCACACCCUGUCCACCCACGUGGUCCGGGAGACGGCCUACUGAGG